AUGACGGAAGCUGGGUCCAACGCUCGCAAGGACAAAGGAGGAGGUCACCGGCAUCAGGAGCAUCGCGAACGCGUAGGCAACUAUGUCGUCGGUGCUGAGAUCGGAAGAGGCUCCUUCGCUACCGUCUACAAAGGACAUCGUUCGAAGUCCAAGACCCCCGUCGCUAUCAAGGCCGUGUCAAGGCAGAAGUUGACGAGCAAGCUGCUUGACAACCUCGAGAGCGAGAUCAACAUCCUCAAGGUCAUUAGUAAUCGCAAUAUCGUAGCUCUCAUCGACUGCUUUAAGAAUGACUCGCACAUCUACCUCGUGAUGGAGUACUGCUCCGGCGCCGACCUUAGCUUCUACCUUCGGUACCGAGGGCGGAUCGACACCCUCGAUUUCAUCCCUCGGGUAUACGAGUCGAACAUGGUGGCGUCAAGAACCGAGGGCAAGGUGUUCUGGCCGCAUCCAGAGACCGGUGGCCUCGAUGAGCGCGUCACCCGAUGCUUCUUAGGCCAGCUUGCGCAGGCUGUCCGUUUCCUUCGUUCGCAGGAUCUCAUCCAUCGCGACAUCAAGCCUCAGCCGGCUACCGCAACGGAGGUUGCUGAGGGGCACCCGCUAGGAAUACCCAUUCUCAAGGUUGCCGACUUCGGAUUUGCCAGGAUUCUGCCGGCUGCGGCGAUGGCUGAGACUUUGUGCGGCUCUCCGCUAUACAUGGCGCCCGAAAUCCUCCGCUACGAGAAGUAUGACGCGAAGGCUGAUCUGUGGUCCGUCGGCGCAGUUCUGUACGAGAUGUGCGUCGGCAAGUCACCAUUCCGCGCCCCGAACCACGUCGAGCUGCUGCGAAGGAUCGAGAAGGGAGACGACAGGAUCAAAUUCCCGGAUGAGUCCUCGCGGCAACAGGCUCCCACCGCGGACGGAUCUGCACCUCCGCGCAUCACGCGUGUCUCCUCAGACCUGAAGGAGUUGAUCCGUGGUCUGCUGAAGCAGCGUCCGGCCGAGCGCAUGGGUUUCGACGCAUUCUUCGCUUCGGGCGUCUGGGAAGGCUACAUGACCGAAUCCGUUGGAGACGUUAGCACGAGCAUCGAGGUCUCGACAGACAGCUCGUCGGCUGGCGAUCAGUUUAUGAGCGGCCUGGCGUCACAACACGCGUCUGAGGGCAGGAGGUCAUCGACACAUUCUGUUGCGCCCGCGGCGCCAUCUCCGCGAACAUCACCCACUCCUACGCCUGUGCCAGCCACAGCGGGCUCCAUUCCCAAGCGCCAAGGCUCUCGCGUCGCUCUGGCCGAAACACCACACCCGUCCAACGCGCCAACUCCUGUUCCCCGGGCAUCCCGACCAGCGCCAACAAGGCGCUCAGAGCCCAAGUACUACGUCGGUGACGAACCGGCGGAACCAGAGCUUGAGCCUUCUGGCCAGUCGCCGACGCACAUGAACUCGUCGAAGACGGACACUCGGAGUAUUCCGAGCAGGGUUCAUUCGCGUCUUGAGCGUGCCGCCAGCAGUGGUGACGAUGCGUCACCCGUCACGCCUAUUGCCGCUGCCCCUAUCUACGCUGCUCGAGCUAUUGGGGGUUCGCCACUUGCGGCGACUCCCCCGAUCACCUCGACGGGCAAGGACGAAAGUGCGCUUGGAGCUAGUGACUCGAAGGAGUACGUCGUUGUAGAGAAGCGGACCGUGGAGAUCAACGAGCUUGCAGACGGUAAGCGGCCAGCGACCCGUGCUUUACUGACUUGCCCAGAACUGCAGCAGAAGGUAUCGCGUCGCCCGUCAUCGGGUGGCACGUUGGUUCGUCCCUCGGCGGCCAAGCGAAACAGCAUUGUCGCACGACCUGUAUCAUCUUUCAAGCCGUCAAGCGGCAGUCCGCCCUCGCCACAGGCGAGCUACGGCGGCCAAACAGGUGCCUCGUAUUCGCCUCCGUUCGCAAUGGGUACAACGCCGCCGUUCGCCGUUCCCGCCGUGCGUGGUGCACUGUCACGACCGCGCCAGCCGUCACUCCCUACAACGCCACCAGUGUUCCCGCCCCCAGGCGCGUAUGGCAUCUCGCCGGAGCGGCAUGUUACGCCGUCGUCGUCGCCUAGCAAUGCGCUUGCGCGUGUGCUGACGAAUACGGCCGUGAAGCUGCUGAACUCUUCUGCCAACACAGCCGUCAACGCCAUCGCUCUUGCGACUGGCACCUCAGUCCGGCGGUGGCCGCAAGUUGAGCGCUCCGGUGAGAUCGAUCCCCAGGAAAGCGAUGUGCUCGACUUGCUCGAGGACACGGCACGCAAGGCAUUCGUGUUGUUCGACCUAGCCGACUCGCGACUUCUGCAGAUGCAGGUCGGGCGGCAGUCUGUGCCGUCUGUGUCGGCGACGCUGACACCGGCGCCAAACACCCCUCCUGGCUCUGCACCUCCGCCGUUCAGCAUCCCGCCCGUCGGGCGUCGCAAGUCCUCGUCUUCUUCGACGAACAGCGAUUUACUCGUCUUGCGUCAGGCUGAAGAGGCGGCAUCAGACGCGUGUGCUCUGUACUUCAAAUCUCUCGCCUUCAUUUGCGCAGGGCAUGAGCGGUUCAAGAAGUACUGGGAUGCGCGCAAACUUCGCAACGUCGAAUACCAGACGAGCUCAGAGCUCAACGAAAUGGUCCAGUGGUUCCGCGCGCGCUUCAAUGAGGUGUACGAGAAGGCCGAGUGGGCAAAGGCUCGAUGCGCUGAGCAGUUACCUGACGUCGACAAGCUCGUGCACGUGCGAGCGCGCGACAUCUCGCGACAGUCAGCGCAGGCCGAGCUCAUGGGUGACCUCGCCGUCGCCGAGGAGGGUUACGAUACGGCCAUGUGGCUCCUUGGCACGCUUCUCGAUGACGCCAUGUACGAGGGCGUCUCGGUGCGCGAAGAGGAACGUAUCCUUUACGAGCGCCUCAUCGGCUCCAUCAGUGACCGCCUUGAUGGCCUGCGGAAGAAGAUGGAAGCGGCGCGCUCGGGUGUUCCCCCAGUGACGGCGCAGGUCAGCGCACGAGUUGAGCGAGCGUGA